ACAACAUCUCUUUACCAUGCAUUGAACAUCAUAUCAAUGGACCUGUCAAUCACGCCGAACACUGCUAAACGUGUCUGUCCUUUUCCAUAACAUCAGCAUUAUCCAGUCUUUACAGCACAUCGCGUCGAACAACCCGAGCACAUCUAACACCCCACACUCAAUGCGUCCCUCCAUUCCAGCACCAUGCUCUGGAAACCUCGUACUUACCGCCGCUCCUCCACCUUCUCCCGCCUCGCCAAACUUCUAGCCUUCCUCCUCGUGGUCUGGACCACGCUCGAAACGCUCUACGUCCGCAAUGCCCUCAUCCUCGCCUCAACUCUCGAUGCUCCGCCUCUCGGGGGUGAACGCAUAUACAUAGCCAGUAUCCAUUGGAACAAUGAGCCCAUCCUCCGCUCCCACUGGAUAUCCGCCGUCGUCGCUCUCGUUCAAGAAAUUGGCGCCGCGAACGUCUUCGUCUCGGUCCUUGAAAGCGGAAGCUACGACAACACCAAAGACGCCCUCUCUACCCUCGAGUACGAACUCACGACGCUCCAAAUUCCGCAUCAGAUAUUGAUGGAGAACAUCACCCACGCUGACGAGCUCGCCGCUCCACCCGCGAAACAGGGAUGGAUCGCCAAUCCUUCCACUGGCGCCCACGAACUGCGUCGGAUCCCAUACCUCGCCAAUCUUCGUAAUCGCGCUAUGGAACCCUUCUACAACCUGAAAGAGCAGGGAAAAACAUUCGAUAAGAUCCUCUGGCUUAACGAUGUGGCGUUCACAACCCCGCAAAUCUCUACCCUUCUGCAUACAAACGAUGGUUCAUACGCCGCCGCUUGUAGCCUCGACUUCUCCCGCGCGGGUCAAGUCUACGACACGUUCGCUCUGCGGGAUAUAGAAGGGAGAGAACAGCUUUCUCAGACAUGGCCUUUCUUCCGCGCUCGGGCGUCCCGUGCGGCGAUUAAGGCGAGUCAACCUGUGCCGGUAGCGUCGUGUUGGAAUGGAGUGGUAGCGUUUGAUGCGAAGCCGUUUCAUCUGAGUGGGAAAGACGGGUUGAAGUAUCGUGGAGUGGAGGAUAGUCUAGCGGAGAAACAUGUCGAAGGGAGCGAGUGCUGUUUGAUACAUGCGGAUAACGGACUUGCAUCUCGCGAGAAAGGAGUGUGGGUUAAUCCGAAUGUACGAGUGGGAUAUAAGCCGGAAGCGUUUGAGGGUGUCAAUCCUGGGGAGGGGAGGAGUUGGGUUAGUGUGUGGAGGGUUAUGGUGGGGAGUUGGACGAAUCGGAUUGGGAGGUGGUCGAGUGUGAGUUGGAUCAAAGAGGCGGUGUUGAGAGGACGGGUGAAGGCGUGGGAAAAUGAGGUGUUGCGACCUAACUUCUUGGAAACAUGGGUGUUCGCUGCAGGACCGGAGCAACAGAAUCACCUGGCGAGCGGCACGCGAGAUAUCGUCACCUACAUUAAACCGUGCAGUCGAAUUCUGGACCUGGAGAAGCCGACCAUCGUCUGCGGAACGUGGCCUCUCGAUGUCUUCCUCCGUGACAACAGCAGUCUCUGCCCAAUGUGUAAGGAGACCGCGCUACCCAAAGGAUACUGCCCCAGCCUUAUCACGAAUGCCAUGGUCCGUCGGGGAGGUGCAGUCUUCAGACCACCGAAAGAGCGCCGGGAGUAUUACAUGGGUCGUGGCAAUAGCCUCGAGUGGAAUGGCGGCAUGUGGAACUACCGUCUGGCCAGCCGCUCGUCCGGACAAUUUAGACACGCGUUCGAGCACUGCGACAAGCUCACGCCAUUCGAUGACACAUUCGAUCCAGCUCUGGUCCUGUUGAAUGAGAAGCAGCAGCUGCACUUCUACACUUCGGACGUCUUCGUCCAGUACUUGAAGUGGGAUUGUUCGGACGCUCGCUGCUCUGUUGACUCCUCGAUAAACUCGGACCGCCAGGCUACUGUUGGCGACAUCAUUGGGCCAAAACUUGCAGAGAGAUGUGGAAGUGAGGCAAGUGAAGGUCAGCAUGCUUUUCACAUUCUUGAAAUUAAGGAGCUGCUUCGCGAGUCGACCCAGGCUGACGACGACACGCUUCCACGGAUCGGGAUAGCUACCGGCGUUCACGAAGAGAAGAAUGCCGUCGCGGCACGCACUGUCAUACACCUCGUCACGAGCCUCUACAGCCAUGCAAGGCAGGCGCAGACUGACUUCACGUAG